AGCCUGGCUGAUUGAGCCUAGCGGCACUGCUAGUGUGUGUGAGGUAGAAGGCAGGAGUCAUGACUUCGCCGCUCAGGUUUGACGGGCGUGUGGUACUGGUCACCGGCGCGGGAGGAGGUUUGGGCCGAGCUUAUGCCCUGGCUUUUGCAGAAAGAGGAGCAUUAGUUGUUGUGAAUGAUUUAGGAGGGGACUUCAAGGGAGUUGGUAAAGGCUCCUUAGCUGCUGAUAAAGUUGUUGAAGAAAUAAAAAGGAAAGGUGGAAAAGCUGUGGCCAACUAUGAUUCUGUGGAAGCAGGAGAGAAGGUUGUGAAGACAGCACUGGAUGCCUUUGGAAGAAUAGAUGUCGUGGUCAACAAUGCUGGAAUUCUGAGGGACCGUUCUUUCAGUAGAAUAAGUGAUGAAGACUGGGAUAUAAUCCAGAGAGUUCAUUUGCGGGGCUCAUUUCAAGUCACCCGGGCAGCAUGGGAUCAUAUGAAGAAACAGAAAUAUGGAAGGAUCAUUAUGACUUCAUCAGCUUCAGGAAUAUAUGGCAACUUUGGCCAGGCAAAUUAUAGUGCUGCAAAGUUGGGUAUUCUGGGCCUUGCAAAUACUCUUGCAAUUGAAGGCAGGAAAAACAACAUUCACUGUAACACUAUUGCCCUUAACGCUGGAUCACGGAUGACUCAGACUGUAAUGCCUGAAGAUCUUUUUGAAGCUUUAAAGCCUGAAUAUGUGGCACCGCUGAUCCUUUGGCUUUGCCAUGAGAGUUGUGAGGAAAAUGGUGGUUUGUUUGAGGUUGGAGCAGGAUGGAUUGGAAAAUUACGCUGGGAGCGGACCCUUGGAGCCAUUGCAAGACAGAAGAAUCAGCCAAUGACUCCUGAGGCAGUGAAGGCUAACUGGGAGAAGAUCUGUGACUUUGAUAAUGCCAGCAAGCCUCAGAAUAUCCAAGAAUCAGUUGCAGGUAUGAUUGAAGUUUUACAUAAAAUAGAUGCAGAAGGAGGAGUUUCAAUAAAUCAUACCAGUCAUGCAACAUCUACAGCUACUUCAGGAUUUGCUGGAGCUAUUGGCUAUAAACUCCCUUCAUUUUCUUCUGCUUACACGGAAAUGGAAACAAUUAUGUAUGCUCUUGGAGUGGGAGCAUCUGUCAAAGAUCCAAAGGAUUUGAAAUUUGUUUAUGAAGGAAGUUCUGAUUUCUCCUGUUUGCCUACCUUUGGAGUUAUCAUAGCUCAGAAAUCUAUGAUGGGUGGAGGAUUAGCAGAGAUUCCUGGGCUUUCAAUCAACUUUGCACAGGUUCUUCAUGGGGAGCAAUACUUGGAGUUAUAUAAACCUCUUCCUAGAUCAGGAAAAUUAAAAUGUGAAGCAGUUGUUGCUGAUGUCCUAGAUAAAGGAUCUGGCGCAGUAAUUCUUAUGGAUGUCUAUUCUUAUUCUGGGAAGGAACUUAUAUGCUAUAAUCAGUUCUCUCUCUUUCUGGUUGGCUCUGGAGGCUUUGGAGGAAAACGGACAUCAGAAAAACUCAAGGUAGCUCUCGAUGUACCUAGUAGAUCUCCGGAUGCUGUACUUAGAGAUACCACCUCACUUAAUCAGGCUGCUUUGUACCGCCUCAGUGGAGACUGGAAUCCCUUACACAUUGACCCUAACUUUGCUAGCCUUGCAGGCUUUGAGAAGCCCAUAUUACACGGAUUAUGUACCUUUGGAUUUUCUGCCAGGCAUGUUUUACGGCAGUUUGCGGAUAAUGAUGUCUCAAGGUUCAAGGCAAUUAAGACUCGUUUUGCAAAACCAGUAUAUCCGGGACAAACUCUACAAACUGAAAUGUGGAAGGAAGGAAACAGGAUUCAUUUUCAAACUAAGGUCCAAGAAACUGGAGACAUUGUCAUUUCAAAUGCAUAUGUGGAUCUUGUGCCCAAAUUAGAUAUUUCAGCCAAGAUACCCUCUGAGGGUGGCGAGCUUCAAAGUACUCUUGUGUUUGAGGAAAUAGGUCGGCGUCUUAAGGAAGUUGGGCGUGAGGUGGUAAAGAAAGUAAAAGCUGUGUUUGAGUGGCAUAUCACUAAAGGUGGAGACAUUGCAGCUAAGUGGACAAUUGACCUGAAAAAUGAAUCUGGAAAAGUAUACAAAGGCCCUGCAAAAGGCUGUGCUGAUACGACUAUCAUAAUUUCAGAUGAUGAUUUCAUGCAGGUAGUUCUGGGCAAGCUUGACCCUCAGAAGGCAUUCUUUAGUGGCCGACUGAAGGCCAGAGGGAACAUCAUGCUGAGCCAGAAACUCCAGAUGAUUCUUAAAGACUAUGCCAAGCUCUGAGGGGCAUACUGCAUUAGUAAUAAAAAUAGAAUAAUUAGAUACUUUCUUCAUUCAAGUAUUAUUUGAUUAUUCUGCAAAAAUGAUCAAAACUAAGAUAUGGAAGAUGCUUAACAUUUUCAGAUUUUCAAUUUCUACUAAUUUUGCAUAUAUUAUUUUUACAAGGAACAAUAAGCUAGCUUAUAAUUAUCUUUCUGUUCUUCGAACUGUAUCUUCAUAAUAAAAAAAAAGUUCACUCAAGUCCAUUUUCUUUAGAAUUUGGGAUAGCAUUUAUAAGUUGAAAGAAAAAAUUAAGUGAAUAAAAGCUACUUUGAUAUCUUUUACA